GCUGGGGGGCCAGCCGCUCCGCAGGGCGGGGCACUGGUGCAGAGGCGGCGGGAAGAGGCCCGCAGUGUCCUGGGUUGCCCCACCCCCGCCAGCUGCCUGGCAUCGCUGACGCCUCCCUGCUCUGAGGGGAGGCAGCGCAGCGCGGCACCAUUAUCUGUAUUUGAAGCUAGAACUGACUAUUCUGCCUUGUGUGACCCAUCAAGCUCUCUUCAGAACUGCUCAGUAAGAAGUCCUAGCCACUUGGUGCCAUUCUAAGUGCAGAGAUGAGUCCCAUCAACUCACUGAAUGAAGAAGAUACCUUCAAAAUCUUGGUUGCUACUGACAUUCACCUUGGGUACUUGGAGAAGGAUCCUGUGCGUGGAAAUGAUACAUUUGUAACUUUUGAUGAAAUUUUGAGACAUGCUCAACAAAAAGAAGUAGAUUUUAUUUUAUUAGGUGGGGAUCUUUUUCAUGAAAAUAAACCUUCCAGAAAAACACUACACACCUGCAUUGAAUUAUUAAGAAAAUACUGCAUGGGUGAUCGUCCUGUACAAUUUGAAAUUUUGAGUGACCAGUCAGUCAAUUUUGGUUUUAGCAAAUUUCCAUGGGUGAACUAUCAGGAUGGGAAUCUCAACGUUUGUAUUCCAGUUUUUAGUAUUCAUGGCAAUCAUGAUGAUCCCACGGGGGUAGAUGCACUGUGUGCAUUAGAUAUUUUAAGCAGUGCAGGAUUGCUGAAUCAUUUUGGACGCUCAUCAUCUGUAGAGAAGAUAGACAUUAGUCCCAUUUUGCUCCACAAGGGAAGCACAAAAAUUGCUCUAUAUGGAUUAGGGUCUAUACCAGAUGAGAGAUUAUAUCGAAUGUUUGUCAAUAAGCAGGUAACCAUGCUGAGACCAAAGGAAGAUGAGGAUAAUUGGUUUAAUUUGUUUGUGAUUCAUCAGAACAGGAGUAAACAUGGAGCCACAAAUUAUAUUCCAGAGCAGUUUUUAGAUGACUUUAUUGACCUUGUUAUAUGGGGUCACGAACAUGAAUGUAAAAUAGCUCCAACUCGAAAUGAACAGCAACUUUUCUAUGUAUCUCAGCCAGGAAGUUCAGUGGUUACUUCUUUGUCACCAGGAGAAGCUAUAAAAAAGCACAUUGGUUUGCUGCACAUUAAAGGCAAAAAAAUGAAUAUGGAGAAGAUUCCUCUUGAAACCGCACGAAGUUUCUACAUAGAGGAUAUCGUUCUUGCUGAUCAUCCAGACAUUUUUAAUCCAGACAAUCCAAAAGUAACACAAGCAGUACAAGCAUUCUGUAUGGAAAAGGUUGAAACACUGCUGGAUAAUGCAGAAAGAGAACGUCUGGGAAAUCCACGCCAGCCAGAAAAACCUCUCCUAAGAUUACGAGUUGAUUACAGUGGAGGUUUUGAACCAUUCAAUAUUCAUCGUUUCAGUCAGAAGUUCAUGGAAAGGACAGCUAACCCAAAGGACAUUAUACACUUUUUCAGGCAUCGUGAACAAAAAGAGAAAAAUGAAGAUGAGGUUAAUUUUGGAAAGCUCGUUAGCAGGCCUGCUUCAGAGGGGGUGACCCUGAGAGUGGAAGACCUUGUGAAGCAGUAUUUUCAGACAGCAGAGAAGAAAGUACAACUUUCACUCUUGACUGAAAGAGGAAUGGGUGAAGCAGUGCAGGAGUUUGUUGACAAAGAAGAGAAAGAUGCUAUAGAAGAGUUGGUGAAAUUUCAAUUAGAAAAAACACAGCGGUUUCUUAAGGAACGUCACACUGAUGCAGAGGAGGCAAAAAUAGAUGAGGAGGUGCGAAAAUUUAGGGAGACCAGAAAAGAGAAUAUUGAAGAGGAGGAUGAGGAAGUUCGUGAGGCUAUGACCAGGGCUAGAGCUCUUCGAUCUCAUGAAGCUGGUCUUGCUUCUGGCUCUAGCGAUGAUGAUCUUAUGGAUAUGGGAGCAUCAGAACAAAAAAACGAUGAUUCAGAUGCUGGCAGCACUGUACCAUCCAGCAGAGGAAGAGGUCGAGGAAAGGGUCAGGCAAGAGGUGGAAGAGGGCAGAACUUAGCAUCAAGAGGAACCUCUCGAAGAGGAAGAGGAAUCGCUAGCCAAGACCUGUCUAACAGCAGUAGAACUCACAAGCAUGUCGCUACACCUACCAAGAACAUGUCUAUCAUAGAUGCCUUUAAAUCUUUAAGACAACAGCCAUCUCGGAAUUUUUCUGCUAAGAAUUACUCAGAGGACAUAAUAGAUGAUGACUCUGAUGUGGAAGAAGUUUCUUUUACUGCUGCUUCGAAAGUUACUCAAAGGUCGUCAAGCAUGUCUACGAGCACAUCCAAAACCAGCAGAAGGAGCUCACAAAGCCAAGUAACUAGAGGGGUUGACUUUGAAUCAGAUGAGGAUGAAUUUGACCCCUUCAAGAGCACUGCUACUUCAAGAAGAAAGCCAAGAUGAUUCUGGAUUCAUUAUAUUAAAUCACUGUAGAAAUGCCCAGAUAUUGUGAUGGAAUCAGAAAAUAAUAUGCAAGUUUUUAAUCUAAACUAUUUUUUGCCUUAAUCUUUCACAAAAGAAUUGAAACAUUAACUCUCAGUGGUACUAUGUAUGUAACGUAACUUGACAUAUAUAUUGGGUUAUCAUAUGUAAAUACCAUUGCCUAAUAGUCAAAACUUGGAGAAAUAUUUCCUUUAGAAUAAUUUCAAAAUUCUUCAGUGUGUAAAACUUCUGAAAGGUUGCUUUCAUUUCUGGGACAUAUAUAAGAGAAUUCCUCCUUCUAUAAAAUUUUUCACUAGGUUUUGAAUUUUUUAGAAGCAUAAAUUAUGGAUAUGGUUUACGUAUUUUACAGGCCUAAUGAAUGUUAUAUUAAUUUGUAUCUUGUUACGGUUGGAAGAAAAAUUCAAAGACCCAGAGAUGCACAUUUCAGUAUUAAAAUUAUUAAUGCCAGGAAAGGGUCUGCUAUUACUGUCUUAUAAAAUGUCAGAAAUAUAAAGAAGGGACUUUCUGCUCUGCAAUUCUGGAAAAUGUCAGAGUCUUUAAGUUGGGCUGCAUAUUUCUAUAGGAGAGAAUCCUGCAUCUGUGCAAGUAAAACUCUCAGAAGUUGUCACGAGUCUUACGUGAGCGUGUGUGUGUGUGUGUAUAUAUAUAUAUAAAAGAGAGAGAGAGAGAGAAGGAAUUGGGCCAGUAAUGGAUGAGACACCUGUAUAUUUGUGUAAAUGACGUAUUUCUUUCUUUUUAAUUUCAGUAUUCCCCCUGAAACAGUACUAAUUCAGCAAUACUUUUGUUUCCAGAGUGAGAACAGAAAAACAUGAUCAAAAUAGGAAUUACAACAGUUGCUAUUUUUCACCACGCUUGCUGCUUGGCACUAAGAAUCCAUAGUGAUUCACCAUCAGUGAUUUCAACUUGAGAGCUAGGAAAGUUUGGGGCUUAACCUCUCGGUGGACUCUGUGGCCACUUUGGUCUCCCUGACUGACUAUCUCUGGGAUGUUGGAGAAGCACUACACUACAUACAGCAGUAGAGAGGGAAAAUGUAGAAGCAUUAAUUAUCCUGGAGUGAGAUGGAGUUUAGUAGCUGUGUGGCCAUGGUUCUGGUCAAUUAUGGCCAUCCUGGAUAUGCAUUCACUUCUGCAACUGUGAACCCAAAUGAGCCACAGAAGUUCUGAGAACUCUGGAAGUUAUCAGACCCAGGUCUUGUUCUUCAAGGUAUUAAAUAGUUGGUAGUAGUUCUGAGCGCAGUCUGUUCCCUUAUGGUAUCAGAACAUGCUUGUUCUGGCAGUGUUUGCUAUGAUCUGAUUCUUCUCCUACCUCUUUACCAGUGGCUAUUAUUGCUAUGCAUAGAAAGCUGCUGUAAAUCCCUCUUUAAAGGGGGUAUAUUUAUGUUUUGCUCUAGAAGCUGAAAAUAUGCAAUUCAUCAAUUUCUAGCUGACAUCAAUUUCACUAGGAAGAAAAGUUACCUUGUAUAGUUAAAAUGUUUGUCAUAAAAACCCCAUAUGAACAAUGGAUGUCUGUUGUAUGGCACUGUGUGUUUUGCAUUGAAUCUGAAGGAUUUAGAUGUAAAUGCAAAUCUUUUUUAUAUGUUAGCUAAAUAAAAUUUGGUACUGAAAAUAAAUAGGUUCCUAAUAGUUUUAAAAAAAAAAUCUUCAUUGCUUAUCGCGUGUUUGAAGGGAGCUUUUUCUUUUUUUUUUUUUUUUUUUUUUUUUUUAAUGGUCGCAAAUCACACCGGUUAUCAAGGAGCCAACCCUGCAUUUUCUCUUUAGAUAUUUUGUCCAUUUUCUGGAAUCAAACAUUUCCUGGGUCUUUUCCUGUUAUCCCUUUUACAUGUAUCAGAGGGAUAGCCGUGUUAGUCUGGAUCUGCAAAAGCGACAAGGAGUCCUGUGGCACCUUAUAGACUAACAGAUGUAUUGAAGCAUAA